CUAUGGGGUGUCUAUGGGUCCUUACUGGUUCUUCCUGGUGCAGACUCGGCCGAGGUGAUCCAGUCCCGGCUGAACGAGCAGGAGGGCCGGGAGGAGUUCUACGUGCACUAUGUGGGCUUCAAUCGCCGCCUGGACGAGUGGGUGCCCCGGUGCCGCCUGGCCCGGGCCGGGGGGAGCCGGAGCCCGGGGGCGGGGCCUGGUCCCGGAGGGGCGGGGCCUGGUCCCGGGGGGGCGGAGCCUGAGCGGAAGCUGACCCGGAACCAAAAGAGGCGCCACGAUGAGAUCAACCACGUGCAGAAGACCUACGCCGAGAUGGAUCCCACCACGGCAGCGCUGGAGAAGGAGCACGAGGCCAUCACGAAGGUGAAGUACGUGGACAAGAUCCACAUCGGGCACUUUGAGAUCGACGCGUGGUACUUCUCGCCCUUCCCGGAGGAUUAUGGGAAGCAGCCCAAGCUCUGGAUCUGCGAGUUCUGCCUCAAGUACAUGAAGUACGAGCGCUCCUUCCGCCUCCACCUGGGCCAAUGCCAAUGGCGCCAGCCCCCGGGCCGGGAGAUCUACCGCAAGGGCAACAUCUCCGUGUACGAGGUGGACGGCAAAGACCACAAGAUCUACUGCCAGAACCUGUGCCUAUUGGCCAAGCUCUUCCUGGACCACAAGACCUUGUACUUCGACGUGGAGCCCUUCGUCUUCUACCUGCUCACCGAGGUCGACCGCGACGGCGCCCACAUCGUGGGCUACUUCUCCAAGGAGAAGGAGUCUCCGGACGGGAACAACGUCGCCUGCAUCCUGACGCUCCCGCCCUACCAGCGCCGCGGCUACGGCAAAUUCCUCAUCGCCUUCAGCUACGAGCUCUCCAAGCUGGAGGCCACCGUGGGCUCGCCGGAGAAGCCGCUCUCGGACCUGGGCAAGCUCAGCUACCGCAGUUACUGGUCCUGGGUGCUCCUGGAGAUCCUGCGCGACUUCCGCGGCACCCUCUCCAUCAAGGACCUCAGUCACAUGACCAGCAUCACGCAGAGUGACAUCAUCAGCACGCUGCAGUCCCUCAACAUGGUCAAGUACUGGAAGGGGCAGCACGUGAUCUGCGUCACGCCGCGCCUCGUGGAGGAGCACCUGCGCAGCGCGCAGUACAAGCGGCCCCCCAUCACCGUGGAUUCCAUCUGCCUGCGCUGGGCGCCCCCCAAGCACAAGCAACCCAAAGUGGCCAAGAAGUGAGGAGGAAGCCGCGUGCGCUAUGGGGCGCCCCACAUCUGCUAUGGGGCGCCCCACGUAUCCUAUGGGGCGCCCCGUGUC